AUCUUAACAACAAUAAACAGAAGCGUCGAUACAGUUUCACACGGUUCUCCGCGGAAACCUGUGCGAUAAUGGAACGCAGCUGGUAAUCGAAGAUUCGAACGUGAAUCGAGCGGAAGCAUCGUGGUCUGCGGAGCGAUUCGAGGGUGGACCAGUUCGUGAGUAACGUGAACCGUGUAUCGAUCCGCCAUUGCGAUAAUUGGAGCAACGAAGAUCUUUUUCCUCGGCCACCAUCCAAUAAAGGUCACGUUCGCGACUCGACACGCUCUCGUCCCGGUAUAUAGCGAAGGAAAAACCGUAUUAAUCCCUGAGAACGUGACUCUUUCUCACCCAUAAUGUUACCAGACUCGACUUGUUGCCAAUCGAUUGCCUCACCGAGGAUGACGCCGUUAUCCACCCACGAUUUUUCGACGUACGAGAACAAAUGACGGUUUUUUCGUCCUCGAUUUUAAUCGUAUCGUAUAUGAGUGAUAUGAAAAAAGAUCGAUACACGCCGAUUUGUCCAAUUUUAACUAUCAUUCUGAUUCAUCGGCUCCAUAAGAAACCCAUGAAAAAUUAAGAAAAGCAAUUGGAAUUUUCAUUCAAUAAAAUGGCAUUGCUAAUCAAUGCAUCCAGAUAUGAACAAGGGUGUAAUUACGGUGGAAGAGAUCUAGGCAUCGAUUACUAAUGCGGAUGAAUUAUAAGAGUUAUUCGAAGAAUUUGAAGAGGCGAUACAAGUUUGAUAGAUGCGACAGGGUGUUUCGCAAAAUCUCGUUAUUUCUUAAUUUAUGGAUUGUGUUGGUAUGGGGCAAAGGGGAGUGUAAACUAAUUGACGCAAUAAGUCGAUAAUUACGAGGAACAACGUUGGAAACGCUUGAAACAUUCAGGCCAAUUAUGCCGUAGGUUGAAGAUCACGCCUGUGUCGGUUACCUGUUAUUCGUCCCCUUUAUCGCCGGAGAAAUCGAAAAUUACGCUAAUUACGCCGCUUUUACGUCCGUCUAAUCGAUUCCUUUGUUCCGUACGCAAGGCGGUAUCAACCACUGCCAUUUAUCUUCACCGAGGAGAAUACGUUUUUCCUCUCGUAUUUUUUUUUUUUUUCUCUUUCGUGCAAUCCUCGAAUAUAUACAGUGAGAAAAGUAUUUGCGUAAAUUACGCGAAAUGAUUUAUUCCGAGCUAUCGUUACACUUCGUGUUUCAUACGAUCAUUUUUUGCAAUAUGGUUCAAUUGGAAAUUAACGUAUUAUUUUUAUUAAUCUAUCAUCCUUUUCCAACAGAUUCGUAUAAACGAAAUUCUGGAAUAUACCGAAUGAUAAGAAAUUGAUUAUAUUUGUAAUUAAUACACUGUAUAAAUUCCAUUAAAUUUCUUAUAACUUGAAUUUUUAUGGACACUUUGUGUAUAAUUAUAUUUCUUCCUUAACUCCGUUUCUCUUCGUGACGUUUAAUGAAAAUCGAUCGAAUGUUUUGCGAGCGUGGAAGCUGCGAAUCGCAACGAUUUCGAGAUUACCAGGGACGAAAACGUUCCCAUGAAUAGCCAGGAGAAACGCCCGAUCCCAUUAUACCGCGCAACGAAACGAUCGAACUUUGCCCGUUCGGCACAAAGCGGGACUCGAGGCGAAUACCGAAAGUUCCAUUUGACGAAAGACGGCCUUUCUGCAUAACUUUACCGAGUUCCGCCCUGUAAAAAGAGAUCGAUGACGGGCGGUACACGAUAAAUCUAUUCCAUCAACAACGUUAAACGUAGUAGGGACGGACGUUUUGUCGUCGAUCGAUCGAUCCACGAAAUCAAUCUUCGUCCAUUUAUUACUUGGUCGCUUCAAAGGAUACACGCAAUUUUUUUUUGUGCCUUGAGGGAACAUUUCACUUUGGUAAACUUCGAAAAAAAAAUUUUACUCGUCUACGAAUGGAAAAUCGAAGCGAGAUUAUGGAUUAUUUUAUCCUUCCACUGUCAUAAUGUUUUCAUUUACAGUCUAUUCAACGAAAGAGAAAUUUUUCUUCAAAACGUUGAAAAAUCACAACGAAUCUCAGAUCGAUAACAAACCAAUUCGUGAAAUGGCACAACUUUACAAGAAUAAUCUUUAUUUCCGUGAUAUCCGUAAAAAUUGCCAAAUAAAAUAUAUUUUCGAACUUUAUUCGUCGAAUUCCAUCAGAAGAUAAAACAAGAAAGGAGGAUCGAUGAAGAGAAAACGGUGAAAAAUGGGAGGAAUUCCGAGUGGAAGUUUCGCAAUUCUGGUUGAAGGUCAGCCAAGGGGCCCCGUGUCCCAAGGGUGGGUGUGCCGGAUGCUGACCUUCUUGCACAAUGGCUGAGGCUGCACCAUCAGCGGAUAUGAUUUGAAGGGAUCAACCGGAGGCGCGGUCGGGCAUCCUAGAACGGUAUAUAAAGUCGGAUCAAAUGGUCCGUGGGCACACUCAGCAAUCAGUCGAUCGGGAAGAUGAAGGCCUUCGUGAUCCAGCUAGCUUUCCUCGCCUUCGUCGCAGCUGCGCCCCGUCAGCGUCGCGAUGCUAUUUGGGGUGGAUAUCACGGUGGUCAUCUUGGAUACGCUCACGGUGUGGCGAUCGCUGGUCCAGCCUUGGGACCAGCCAGUGUCGCCGGUCCUCACAUCGGAUCCACCAUGGUGGCAGCGCCGUCCAUAGGGCCGGCUAAGCUAUCCGGAUCAGUGGCUGGACCGGUGCACGUUUCCGGUGCUGUCGCUGGCUCUGCCCUUGUCACUGCUUCCGUUGCUGGGCCUGCUCACGUUGAAGGCUACGACGCUGGUCCCUACGAUGGAGGAGUCGGUGUCGGGUACGCUGGUCCGGCUUACAGUUACGCGGGAUACCCGGAGUACGCGGGACUUGGUAGCCACGGAGCGGUGAUAGCAGGUGCGGCGUCUCAUGGUGCGGUUCUCGCAGGACCAACAUCCCAUGGCGCCGUGCUUUCUGGACCUCAUUCGGGAACCGCGGCGGUAUCCGGCCCCCACGCUGGAUCGGUGGUGAUCGCCGGCCCCUCCGGCAAAAUCACUACCCACGGGACCGGUUAUGGCGCGAUCCACUCUGGCCACUCUGGUCAUUGGUAACGAGUCCAAGUUUCCUGUUGGAAAGAAAAGGAAAGAAAAGGGGAGAAUAAAUGGAAAUCUCGUCGAUCGAAUAAUCCAGUUGUCAGUCAAGGUAUCGAUAUGUUAUGAUCGUUGUUUAGAUUACGUUUAGAUUUGUCUCGCGACGAUCCCCCGAAUAUUAUGAUUUUUGUACGCAUGGUCGGUUUUUAUACGGUUAUAUACUUUAUUAUUAUUAUUAUUUUUUAAAAAAAGAAAUAGAUAAUAAAUAGUUUGUAACAUACAUUUAGAUAUAAUAUACAUAUAUAUAUAUAUAUAUAUAUAUACAUAUAUACGUAUAGUGUAAUUUUAAUUCUGAUCUCGUAUAAUAAUACACACGAUUUAGUUAUACACGUUUAAUCACGUUGUUAACUCUUGCACGCUUCUAUGGUUUAAUCGAGUUAUAUAUACGGCUUAACCUUUAGUUCGCUUUAAAUUCGUUACUCGUUCCGUUUUAACGAGCUGUAAAAUAAUUGGUGCACGUUUUAAUUUUAUAAAGUAAAGUAAAGAAAGAAAGAAAGAAAAAAAAAAUGUCGUAUACUGUCUCGUGAAUCUAUUUCUAUUUUGAAUAUCGAUCGCGUGUAUUUUCAUUAAAUUAAAAGGGAAUUAAAAAGGGAAAAAUUAAAAACUUUCUCGAAUAGGAGAUUUAGCGUUUAUAUAGAUCUUGCUACUAAUACAGGCAGAUCACGAAAACGUUUUACGUUUUAUCGGUUCUCGAUCGUUAUCGCCGUGUCGGUUCCGCUGUGUUUCACCGUGGAAAUUUGACGCUUACAAGAAGCGACGAUUAAGGGUAGAUUGAGGUAAUGCUGAUCUCGACGGAUCUUCAGCAAAAGUAAAAAUCCAAACUACUCUUUAUCUUCGAAUUCUUCUUUCGUCGAAAGAUAAUACAGAAUUUAUCUCAACAAGUAUACCCAUAUUGAAUAGUGUUAAAAUUUCGAUCGUUUCUUCUACAGAGGAUUGUUUGCAUUGUUGUCAAUUCUGAUUAAUCAAGAUUGUUGUUGAAUUGAAUUUCAAAGUUCGUGUCUAUCUAUAUAAAUCGCUGGUACAAUGAGCUAGGUUUACUGGGUCUCUUAGCAUUGCGCGUAACAUAUCAUUGGCCGUAGUAAAGGGUAAGGUCGCUAGACGUGUGACUCGCGACACGGUCUGGCAAUCGUGAAACAAACAGUCCGAUUUCGCGACAUUGUCCGGGGAAAAAUCGAUCUGUAGAUCGAUCCGCGGGCACACAGGUGUGCGGGGCGCGGUCGAUUUGAAUAAGGUCGAGCUAACGAACCGCGAGACCAUAAUUCACAGAAGGUCGUACACGAGAAUUGCGUUAUCUACGGAGUUGUUCGACGGCGCUGGCUCUAUCGCGGAAUCUAUACACGACAAUUACCGUGUGUUUUUUUUUCCUUUUUAUUUUUUCUUUCUUUUUUUUUUUUUUUUUUUUUUUUAAGGCCGAUCUUCGCCACAGAUCGCGCGACCAUGGGGGAACAUUUUUCGCCUAGCCAAGCCGUUUCAUUACGUUUUUACGACGAAACAAUGGCCAUUCAAGUUGUUUGCUUCGAGCUACCGGCUCUCUGGAACACACGGAGACAUUUACGUUAUAUAAACGAUUUGAAAUCUCGGUGAAAUUCACGAUGAAUCUAUUUGAUAAUUCGUUUGAAGGUUUAAUCUACGAAGAAGCGAAAGAUUAGGAUUUGAUCGGCAUGAAUUUACAUUCUCGUUUUAACAAGAAAGGGUAUGUAAUUGAUUAAAUGAUCGAAUCGAGAGGAAAAUAUUGCGCGAGUCGAUAUUAAAUUAAUCGAUCAAAAUCACGGUAUAGAAGCAAUACGGAAGCAUGCCAUCGUACUUAUGCCAGGAUACUUAAUGUAAACCAGAUCUGACGACAUAGAAGAUUUAUUCACGAGAAGAUUCACGAGAGAACAAUCGUGAGAACAAGACCUAUUUAACUACUAACAGCCUUCAUUUUCUAUUCCUUUGAUUUAGAAAGAUUUAUUAUCAGAAUCAAAGCACGGCCAUUUCACGAUGGCUAGGACGAAUAUCCAACAACUUGGUCUUCUUUGUCUUUAUGGGAAAAUCGUGGCGCGUCACGAUCGUUUCGUCAUCGAUCAACAGUCGCAUCGAAUUCCCGAAAAGGUCAUUUCGAUUGCAAUGGCCACCAGGUUAGCACGCAACAACGCAACGAUUUACAAUAUUUAACCGGUUUGUCUUUUUUUUUAAAUGGAUCAAAUAAAAAUAAAGCUCUCGGCUAUCCAUUACGUUGAUUCACGAUCGAGUAGUCGUUGCUUCGCGGUUCAUGGAAAAAUGGAUACAGGUCGUGAAUCGUGGCUUGUAAUCGUUGAGAGAGAGGAUUGUACGAAUCGAACGUGAAUUAUUUUCCAUCCCCUCCACUUUCUUUUUCCCUCCUUUUAAUUUUUAACGAUGGUAAAUACGAAUGAAACGAAUGAAAGUGCGGCGGGGUUGAUAUAUUAAAUAUUUUAUUUCCUCGCGGUUCUCGUUUAACUAUUGUACGCGAUGAAUUUCCCCCUCCGAGAUGUAAAUUGAAAAUGAUGCUCACAAAGAGAAUAAUUUUUUUUUUCCUUUUCAUUUUGCGCCGGGAUCAUUUCAUCAACAUGCGUGUGUAUGUGUGUAUGUGUUUAAAUUACGCAGGAAAAUGGAUUAUUUAUCGCAAUUUCACCUCUCGCACAAUGCCAGCCAUCGGUGGAAUUAAAGAAGUGGGUAAGCGAUGUGCCCUAAUUUUAACUUCGAUACGAGCAACGUUAGCAGUUAUUCAUUGCCCCCAUACUUCAUGUUAAAAUCGUAAAACGUUGAAUUACGAAUGGGAGAAAUAUGGCCGAAGACGAUGUUCAUUUUACGACUUUAAUAAAUUAUUACGCGCUUCAACAUAAUCUAUUUUAAAACGUCGCGCCUUGCAUUUCUCGCCGUAUAAAAUCCACGUCGUCGAAUUCUUGGCAGGGAGGACAAAGGAAAAUUUUUAACUUCGUUUUUUUUUUUUUUUGCUCGAUCAAAAUAAUAAAUAUAUCGCUUCAAAAGUAGAUAGUUUUUUGUUUAUUGUUAUAAUAAAGUCAGUAUUUAUUUA